CGCGAGAUCAGAUCGCCGGGGGGGAAGAAGAACACGACCACGCGGCAAAAGGUCGUCGUCGAUUCCUUCGGAGUGACCUCACAGGCUGAGUACGAGAGUUUUCUCCAAGACAUCGGGCACAACAACCAACGAGGACGCGCGAGCGACCACUUUGCCGUCGAGGAAUUCAGGAAGCAAAACACCGCCUUGAAACAAUUGGCGAAAACGCUUUUCGCCGUUCUGCAGCACGCGGCCUUUGUGGAAAUAUCCUGUGCAAAAGUAUCGUACUCAUAUUGCAGUCAUGCAUUACAAAUCUUCUUUAUAAGGUAAAUCCGCAUUACAAAUUUUAUUUCUCAUGCUCAAUGCAUUUAUACGAGUACGAUACUUUUGCAGUUCAUAGGAAAACUGGCCUUAUGAUUUGGUGGUGUCAGCCAGUAAGGGAGAAAACAUCGUGCGCCAAAUGCUGCAAGAUUCGUUACUGGCCUUGUCGUCGUCUCCGCGUGUUCGUGGGACUCCUGCCACCGCGUCCACCGGUGACACGCGGGCGCUCGGCCAAGCUGCAGUGCAGAGGACACAAAGUAGAGGAGAAAACUAUUUGGACGAAGACUUGCGACAAAAACCAACUGGCGGAAAGCAGCAGCUGCGGCUCCCACCGCCGUUCUCGCUGCUCCUCAUAAACGGCUUCGAAAACACCCGGGAGCACAUUCUUUCGCUCGCAACUCGUCAGCGAAUCGAGCUUUCGGCGCAGGAAAGUGGUGUCGUGGCACGACACCGACGUCUCAACGACAUGGACGAAGAGUUACCAACUGAAAAAGUUCAAGUUGUCGCUGAGUCUGGAUUAGAGGCAUCUCAAUACUAAACUAUUCCGCAUUUUUGAACUUAUGUUCUCCUUCUUGAUCCUUGCACAAGGCACGAACCAGUUCCUUUUGAUGCAAAAUUUUUCGUUGAGCCCCGACCCGGAGCGUGUGCAGCAUAUACAACAGCACAGUGACUUCACUAUUUCCACUCUAUUCAUUGCCCAGAACUAGACUCGGCAGACAUCUUUCCAUUGCAUACCAAGAUGUCGAAAACGAAGUGAUGAAUUCAUUUAUUAACGCCUACAUCAAUGCCUUUUCCUUUUCCGCCGCCUCCGCAAACAGCCAGAUCUGUCACCGCCUGAUAGUGGAAAUAAAGUUCCCAACUUUCCUCCGCUCGCCGCCCUCCGCCCAUGGGAAUCCUGCCGACGAAGUUUGCCUCAAGCUAUUGAUGCACCAAGCGAAUUUUCUUGGUCUUUACCUGCAGCAUUCCGGCCAGAUUGAUAACGACGCGCCAGGGCGAAGAGCUAUUCGCGAGAAGGCCUACCGGCCGAUGUUCGAUGAGUACAACAGGCAUGCAAAACAGACCGGUGCCACGUUGUGCAAGCAGGCCGCGCUGCUGUUCUUGUUGACCAAGCGGGCUUGGUUCGAGAGUGUGGCGAAACAAGAGAUUCUGCACUACGUUCAAUCGGAACGCGGUCGCGCUGUCCUCACGAAACUGCUAGCUGACGGCGUGGUGUCGGUUUCCCAGCAGGAGAAGGAGGACGUAGCUAACGUUUUACGGCAACUAGUAGAGACCGUGCUCGACGAACGUGUCUUCUCUCUUGCGGAAAACGACGAGGAGGUGCCGGCAACACACAGCAUGUGGAUGUCGUUGCUGAAAAGCGCAGCAUUGCAAAAAGCGCCGACCUACGAAAUUGUCAAGGCUCUGAAGCUGCUCCAAGACGAAUCCGUACAACCUCCACGGAGUAGUUCUGGUGUACUGGGUAGUGCUGACGUCAUGUUGGCGGGGAGCGGUAGUUCAUUCCUGGGGAUGGUAGCACCGUCCUCGGGCAACUCCCAUGUUGACAAGGAAGUACGAGGACCGAAAAUCUUGCGCCGCUUGGUGUUCACCAGCCAUGGAGGGAAGAACACCGAGACUGGCGAAAGCAACCAGGACACGAAACAGCGGGCGGCGAGGCACUUGGUGAGCGAUCUGGGCGGCGAAGGCGACGUUCUGGUGUUCGAUUCCUACGAGCUUUUUUCCCACACAAUUGAGCGGAAAAUGGAUCCGACUGCAGAGGGGCAGAAGGAAAAAAUCUCUGUGUCCCCCCCGGAAAAUCUCUUCCAAACACAGAAACUGCAGCUGAAUCCCGACACGCACGGCAAUCCGGUUUCCUUGUACGACGUUCCCGCAUGGACAGGGGUGAGCACCCGACUGCCGGGAAGGCCCGGAUUCCAUUCAGGAUCGUCGUUUGCCAGCUUGCUGGUGCGCUGGGCAGUGGAGGAUGAUGAUGAACAUGAAGAAGUACCAGAGGGCUUGUUACCGUGGUGGAGCCUCCAUGACGAGAAGCAACGCGCGUGGUGGUUGGAGCGGUUGCGGGAGCGCGACAGUGCACGCCUCCUGCCGGUAGAACAGGACACUUUGGCGCGCAUUGAUCUGACCGUGUCGCGACGUACUGGAUCCACGCUCUCCUGGCCCGUGGAUUUUUACGUCGACUUCGUGGAGAGGAGCUUGCGUGGUCGUCGUGGAGGUCCAGACCAUAUUACGCAUCAGUGGGAGCCGCAAAACCUCCAACUGAGGUCGGGCAACAAGCGAUGUCGAAGUCGAAGAAGUAGUGCGCACUCUAUUACUAGUUUGCGCCGGAGGCUCGCGAGCCAGCACCUCAUGCUGACCACGACAGGAGAUAUGCAAAAGCGAAGGGACGACCGCGACCGAGGUCUUCGGAAGUAUCCAGGAGCCCAUGAGCUAGCGCUUAGCAGGGAGCUUCAGAAGCCCUUUCUCGCGCCGAAGACGAAGAGAAGACGCCAGAAGAGCAAAGCCAGAGCAGCCUCCGUAGCUCCGCGGCAGAGUGCCGUGAGAGACCUGUCAACAGUAGAACGCCAAUGCUCGCGACGAGGAGAGCCUGGGAACGACGAGGGGCCACAGUUGAUUGCGGACGCAGAUCCAUUUUUUCAAGUUUUGUUGGGUUACGGGGGAGAUGUCUGUACGACACCGGCUACUUCUUUGCAUUGGCACUUCGCUCCCCACUACAGGGCUUACAAUAAAAUGACACAAUCAUCGCAAACCGAAAGUAGUAGCUCUGUGGCUCUGGGACUGGGAGUUUCUUCCUGUCCGGCAUCGCUUACAAGAACAAACGAUCGCCCUGGUUUAUUCGAUGCUCCCGACUCUUGCCAUAUCCAAGACAGGCUUUAUUCUUGGUUGGCGCCGUGCGACCAGGCCGAAGUAGAGGAAGUUAGAGCCCUCUAUCCCGCCGUGGGCGACCCCGAGCAAAAGUGGCAAGCCCCGGGGAGAAUCACAAGGCUCUUUCGCCCCACACGAAGCGAUCGUAUGGUCUUUGGACGUAGUGGAUGCUCAGUUUUUUCGCGCAGUAGUUGCAAGAUCGACAAAAGCAGCUGGACCCCCGCGCUCGGCGCGCAGACGAUGCGGAUGCGUCUUUAUCACGUGCUAAACAGUGCAGACAACCUCGCCGGUAUUCUUCGCGACGGCUUUCGAGAGGAUUACGCAACGACGAUGCUCUUGGGGAGAGGGGUCUAUUUUUCGACAGAAAUGGACACGCCACUGCUUUUCGGAGACAAGUUCGUCGCCUACGAGCCGCCACUGCCGUUGGCUUUAGCAGGGGAUGCGCAAGAACAUGUUGAUCGAGGCGGCUUAUCUUCUGCGAAGGUUGUUGUACAACGCCCGGCUGCAAAUGCACAAGACGAGUACGUUGUCAGCGAUAAAUCUGAGCGAGAAAGAAGGAAUAUCAGGACUUACAAAAAGUAUCUGUUUAGCGCCAUGAUGACGGGUGUGAGCAGCCUGGGACCACGACGUGAAGGCAAUUCUAUAAGUGGCGCGCCAGCAUCUCCAGUGCCGUCAAAUACUGCUCAGCCUCUUGUGGGAAAAGAUUACAAGCGCCCCCUGCCCACCCCCUUGUGCCCGAUUUUCCCGGCGAAGUGGGAAAAGAGGCACCGGAAGCAAAUAGACAUGGAGUUGCGUCAGCACCCCGACGAGGACGACGAGUUACUCUUUUUUCGGCAGCGCCAAGCGACUGCAAGCCUGGAGAUGGCACGACACACAAUAAUGGAAGAAAUUUCGUUUGAAAGUAGAGAGCGGCCUUACAAGCUCUUCGAUCGGAGGGUGUGGGACGCGGUCGCGCUUACUGCGGGUACUACUAAAAACGUUGCGCCUUUUGCAGAGUCAGAGACGCGGACAACAUUGAACGCAGCCACAUCGGUGGUAAAUUCUGGCUCAAGAGCAGACGCAAUGUAUGUAGAGGGACAACGUCGAGAGCAGGAGCAAGAUGCGUUUCUGAAGCUUCUAACGGAGGAAAUUUACUUCGGCCCGGAGUGCCUAUGCAGCCGAUUUUUGAAAGUCAAAGAAAGACCGCGAGCCAGCUCGGGUUCGAUUCCACCGGCCAGCUACCUGGAAGAAGACAAGCUGCGUCACGAUCCACGGUUCGGUUUUCGCCAAGAUUUGGCCGGGGGUCCCGCGUGCUUUGGAACAGGGCCAAGCCUCCAGGAGAUGGAGAUGGCAAAUUUAUUCGCGGGUGAGGUAGGAAAUAACAAGACAGCCAAGAAUAAGAUGAAUACCGCUGGGGGAAAAACACAAAAUGUAGUCACCACACCUUCGGAUAAUGUUGGUAAAAAUCACGACGACGAGGAGAAAAGUGCGGCUGAUGAAAUCUUUUCUCAAUUCUACGACCUGGCAGUGCAGAACGCCCAGGUGGACGUCGAUGACGUUUUUCUAGCACCAGAAGCUGAUGCUGACGAGGUUGACUCGCAGAAGACGUUGCGGUUUGGCGAGGAUUGUGAAGAGGACGACCAGGGGAGCAGCGCGGGCGAGACCCGACCCGCAGCGACCGGAACAGAAGCAGUAGCAGUAGGAAGAGGAGCACCAGAGCAAGCGCAACUCCACCCUGACCACCGCCCGCCGGUCGUCCAACUGCGACUGAACAAAACGCCGCGCAGUUUGUUGCUGAAAAUGCUGAUCACCGGCGAGGAGCCGGAAGUUUUGCAAAAGUUACCCGAAACGAGUAGACUCUCCUUCUACUCCUUUGUACACAUAAAGUUGUUGCAGUGGUUUUUCGACCACUCGGAAGCCGUGAAAACAGCACGAGAAGUCGGAGCGUACCAAGUGCACAUCAAGACUAAGCGUACAGAAGUGCUGACCACUACGGAUGCACCUGCCGGAAAGGCGACAGACUGGAGUCUCAAAGACGGAACCGAACACUACGUGGUGGCGGACUACACGAGGGUAAAUGGGUUUUUGUCCGACCCCCGCAUCGUAGAGCUGGAAUUUCAGCAGUGAUUACUAUAGUAUGCAUCAUAACAAUACGUGGUAGAGUGUUGACGACAUAACUACUGUGUUUUUU